AUGUCUGAUGGAAAGAUUGUCUCGUCUCUGUCGUGGCUCCCCACCCGUCUGGCCGGCUCACUCUUCAAGGACAAAAGCACGCUGGGCCAGAUCGUCGCGGACAUCGUCGCGCUCGGCGCGAUCAUUUGUCUACUGAUCGUAACGACAGGUCGCAAGCAGAUCUUCGAUGUGAACCCGCCAUCGGCAAGAGGACUUCGAAUCGGCAUCAGCGCGCUGAUUCUCUGGUACGCGCUCACGAUCAUCGACCUAUUUCUGCACGAAGCUCGUGUCUCGGUGCCGUACAACUACUUCUUGAUCGAUGUGCCCAUAUCGGCACUAAAACUCUGCGCUGAAGGAUUCCUCGUCGCGACAACCUAUCGUAUCGUGGUCCUCCACCUUCAACAGCACAUACGGAAGGCCAAGGUCGCGCUGAUUCUGGGCGAGGUGCUCAUCCUGGCACUUCUCGCCACAGCGGUGUACUCACUCGGAAGUCUCAUGGCCAGACAGAUCGUCUGGCUCCAGCUCGCGGACGAGAAGAUGCGCAACAGCUUCGCCUGGCCACAAAGGAGGUUCGAAGCCGCCUUCUAUUGCAUUCAGUUCUGCAUGGGCUUCCUCGCCACGGUGUUUGCUGGAAUUAAUGCGUGGAUGAUCCAUGAUGUACACGCCGAGCUCACAGCUAUCACUCACAGGCUCUUCUGGGCGGCGUUUAGCAUGUGGAUAUGGUGCACUUCGGAGAUGGCAUUCGUACUCAAGUACCAACUCGGCCAGCAUCUGCCAGCCAAGAAUACCGGCCUAGCCCGCGAUACCAUCUACGAUUUCUUCUUGCUCGUGUCCUUGAUCCUGCUUACCUUUGACGCGAAAAGCAACAACAGGCAGCGCAGUGGCUAUAGGGCGGGCCUUCCGGCGCACCUGCGCCCCCUACUCGCUGAUAUGACGGCUGCGUGUCGAGCCCAUAUCGUCGAGCAACUGCGGACCAGGACCGGCGAUCUCGAGAAGCCGCCGCCCUUUGCAGACGUGAUCCGGGACUUGAGGCGGAAUCCGAGUGCGACCUUCCACCGCGGCCUUGUAGAAGAUCGGAGAGAACUGGAUAUCCACGCUCUCAGGAUGCUGGACGAAAGGUAUACAGCUUUUGUGACGGAGCUGGAUACGAGGUACGGAGACCUCAGAUGCACGCGGGUAGCCAGGGAGGUGUAG